CAAUAAAUAACAUAAAGAAUAUGAAUAAGUUAUUCGGCCGCACUAAAGCUAAGGAGCCUCCUGUUACCUUAAACGAUACUAUUACCAAAAACGACUUGCGCAUAGAAACUUUUGAUAAAAAAAUUUCACAACUAGAAGGUGAGUUAAGAAAAUAUAAGCAACAAAUUGCCCAAACAAAGAGCCCCGCAACAAAAAAUAUGGUCAAGCAGCGCGCAGUUCGAAUUUUAAAACAAUUAAGAAUGUAUGAAAAACAACGAGACCAGCUGUUGCAGCAAAGCUUUAACUUUGAGCAAGCCAACUUUGCUGAACAAAGUAUGAAGGAUGCAAAGACUACAGUUUUUGCCAUGAAAACUGGAGUAAAAAGUAUGAAAACUCAGUAUAAAAGUUUUAACAUAACCGAGUUGGAAGAUGUUCAAGAUGAAUUACAAGACAUGAUGGAAUAUGCUGAAGAAAUAAACGAAACACUUUCGAGAUCUUACGAUAUUGGGGAUGUGGUGGAUGAAAAUGAAUUAGAGGAAGAAUUUAACGCUUUGGCUGACGAUGUAUUCGAAACGGGGGAAACUGAAGGAAACUAUUUAGAUGAUGCAAUUAACGCCCCAACGUCUAAACUACCAUCCAGCGAUUUGAAAAUUUCUUCUGAACUGGAUGAGUUCGGAUUGCCUCAGUUGAAUUCAUAAAAAAAAAUUAUAUAUGUUUUUAUUUCUUAGCAAAAGUUAGAGAAUUCUUCGAAAGCAC